AUGGCCACAUCUGUGAUCGAAAAAGAGCUAACAUGUUCUAUUUGCACAGAACUGCUCUUCGAUCCAGUCACAUUUCUCAAUUGCUUACAUCACAACUGUGGUGCUUGCGCGAAGCGCUGGUUUGGCUCACAGGCACACAAUCCGCCGACAUGUCCGGUAUGCCGCCGGUUAGUCAAGAGCGCGGGUGUGUCACCCAUCGUGGUCAGCAUCCUUGCCGACUUUCUGGAGCGCUUUCCGGACCGCGGCCGGACGCCGGAGGAGAUGGACGAGAUGCGCGGCGUGUGGAAGCCCGGGGAAGAGCUAUUGCCGCCGUCAGCGCGCGCGGCCGGCGGUGAGGGAAUUAGGGGGAUGAAUCUGAUGCCGCCGAGUCCGAGGCUACUGACAAGGCUGCUCUCACCGCCUCCCGAGGAGGUGCUGCCGAUACAAAUAUAUCACAAUCCGCCACGACACCGUCCGAGGUCACCCGUACGCGCGGCACUACCGUUGGCCGCACGACGUCCCUCCAUACCACCGUCCGCACUACCGUCGACGGUUUUGGAGAUCCUCCACCGGGGCAUCUCGCCUAUCAUCAUCACUUGCGACCACUGCACCCGGCGCCUCGACACCGCCGUACACCUGGAGUGCUCAACAUGCCCGCUCUUCCACCUCUGUCUACGAUGUUUCCGCGCUGGACGUACAUGUCCCUCUCCCAACCACUGCCUGACACGGCAGAAACUCAUCUCGUCCUGGCCACGGCGAUACCUUCAAGUCGGCAUAUUCUGCGACGUCUGCGAUGGCUGGCUCGACGAAGACCGCAACGGCGGCGCACGGGUUGAUGCUAUGUUCUGGCGCUGCAACUCGUGUAACGACAGUCGGGGAUGGUCCUACUGCACACGGUGCGUCCAGCGCGGGUGGAACUGCACACACGAGCUCGAAAUGUGGAGCAACAACCGCACCACCUCCUCGGGCACCCUCAUCCGGGGCAGCCCACGGCUCCCGACGCCCUCGCUCGACCCCAUCGGCGCCGCUUCCGGCCUCCUCGGCAGCGGUUACACACCCUUCCUCUUCCUUACCGCCGUAGCCUGCACGCUGUGCAAACUCGCGAUCGGCGAGCAAAACUCACAGUGGCUCCACUGCUUCGGCUGCCCCGAACCGCACGGCGACCUGUGCACGACCUGCUUCUACAAUCUCCACCGCACGUUCCCCUCGCCCACGCGCAGCCUCCACAGCUUCUACACGUGUCCGCGGGGGCACGCGAUGGGCGUGCUCGCACAGCACGGAAAACGCGUGCUCCACCGCGGCGUAUUCGCACACGCACCGCGGCCGCGGGCGCCCGAGUGGAUUCGCGGUGGAGGCGGUGGAAAAGCGGUUGCGGUGCGCGGGCACUGGCCCGAAGAGGAGGAUGCGUCGUGCGAUGGCGAUGACGCGCGCAAGUGGGGGAGAGGCCAGUGGCUGUGUUUCCCCGCCGGGGCGGAGGUGUUGGACGUGGCGAGCGCGUUUGUGAGCGAGGAUAGGCGUGUCGAGUGGUUCUGGGGGAGUUACUCGGGGGUCGGGGGGUUGUUUCCUGGGGAGUAUGUGGCGCACGUGUAG